CAGCGGGGCGGAAGUACGUCUCAUGUUUACAGCUGUGAAAACAAAACAAGCAGGAACUGCGACUGGUGAGUGGAAACAACAGCAUCGUUACAUAACAUAAUGAUAUAAUUUCUCUGAGAAACGGAGCAUGUAAUCUCAAACCGCGUUCUCAUUUUAAAUGCAGUAACAACAAUUGUGUCACGAUACCAUUGUAAGAGAUAGCAAGGUUUCUUAACGAUAAUGUUUUGGUUUGUGGUUUUCUUAGCACAUUUCGCUCCCCAGGCUAGGCCUAUUGUUAUCUAAUUAUCAUGGUCAGUUUUAGAAUAAUAGAAGAAACAAUCAAAAUUGAAUAACUUUCGAGUUAUUUGGAGUCUGCCGAAGUGCUGAAGGCUACACACAAUAUAUAUUACAUAAUAGUUUUCUUCCCCUGUCCUAUUGGUCACAUUCAGUCCUGAUUAUAGCCUAAUGGUCAAAUUCUCUCUUUCACUCUGUCUUCAUGUUCUAUUCAAAAGUGUUUCAGUAGUAGCUGUGCUGUAAUAAGGCAUGAGUUUUGACUAGAUUCAUUCUGUAGUCACUGAUGUUACUAUGCCUGGGUAGUGGAUCGAGGAACGCUGUAGGUUUGCCUGACAGAAAACGAACAAUGCAUUAGAAGAAAAAAUGAUAGUUAUAAAAAAAAAUUAAACUGAAAAAAAUCAUAGAUUCCACUUUAAACGAUCAGUAAGCUUUUUUAGAAAACCUAAGCAAAUGUCAUUGUGAUACUGGUGGCAAAGUGCCAGAUGCCAGACAUGCAAGUUUGUUUUAUACAGUAUGCUAUAAAUAAGUUGCAAAGCAUCUACCUUGGCCCUAUGAAGGGUUUAUGAAGGCAUUAUUAAGACUAACAAAAUUGUUGUUAAUUGAAAAUGUGUCCAAAUCAUUGUUCAAUUAGUUGAACAAAACAUCUUCAUAGUCAUCUGCAUUAUGCUUUAACAGUAGCUUCUCAGAGGAUGCUGAGUGUUGUAGUUGACACCAGCAGCAGCAUACACUGUCCUCUUAUCCUAGACGCACCAUAAGCUAGUGUCAACUUACACCAUACUCAUUCUAUUCAUGUGCCAAUCACAUCUACAGUAUACUGGAGCUGUACUCCUCCAGCUUACCUGUAUUCCUCUCCCCACUCCCCCAGCAGCAUGAUGGAUGAGCUGGUGCAUGACCUGGUGUCAGCCCUGGAGCAGACCUCAGAGCAGACCAAGCUAGAGGAACUCUGGGAGGAAAUGGUUCUGAGCCCUCUGCAGCAGCGCAGGCAGAUCCGACGGCGCCGGGGACGUAAACGCCGCUGUGACUCCUCCCUCCACCCCUUGGAGCACGGACGUUGCCUCAGUGAGGCCUCCGAGUCCAGCCUGGACGAAGCAGCCAAGGACUGCCGGGAGAAUGCUGCCCCGGCCCCCUCCGCCGCCAACUACAGCGACUCAGACGACAUGGUAAUGGCCAAGCGCUGGCCCUCCUGCUCCAGCAACAGCUACGCCAUCAAGACCAAGCAGCACUCCUGGCCUGAGUCGGACUCCUUCACAGAGAACACCCCGGGACGGCCACUCAGGAGGAGGCGGAAGGUCAAACGCAUGACCUCCGAUGUGACGGUCAGCCUGCAGCAGAAGUUGACGGUGUCAGGGGUGGAUGGCGAGCGGGGCGGAAACCACAGAUCGUCCAAAAAGCAGCGUCUGUCCAGGCUGAAAAAGGGGGCUGGAGGCUGGGUGGGAGUGGGUGUGGACAGGGAGGCUGAUGGAGUGGGCCUCAGGGCAGAGGAGUGCUGGAAGGAUAAGAUCCCAUUGGUCCUGGAGGCCAAGGAGCAGCGAGAGGCUUCUGAUGAGAACAUGUCUGAAGGGUAAUGUUCUAAACAUACAUUAUUAAUUUUUUUGUGUGAGAAAAUAUCUAUUUGGGCAGGACAAUAAUAUAACAUCUUAAAGGAUAUAAUAUUUUAGGAUAAUGAUUAUGGCAUGAAAUAGUCUUACCUUUUACGUGAAGAGGUUUCAUUUGGCAUUUCCUAAAUAUUACAUAAUAUUUGCAACCUUUGCAAUAUUUACAAUAUAGCCUAUCCAUUGUAAAUGAUGUUAUUGCUGGCCUUUGUUGACACAGACCAAGUCAAACUGCAAAUCACUCCUAAAUAUCACAUGCUCCAUUUACCCUUUGGGUGGUGAAGUUACUGAGGCAGUUUGGCCCGUAAUAUAAAAGUCAUGGGCAUAACUACUAUCUGACAGAGGCAAUUAAACACAGCGACAUUUAAAAGGAUCUAUACUGCCUGUCUUCAUCUAGUUGUCAAUAUUCAAUGUGGCCCCAUCUAAAACAAAAAGUGCAUCACAUUGAUGCCUCUGCACCUUCAAGUAUUGAAUUGACAUAAAAAAUUAAUGAUAUUCCCUUCUCCUGCUCAUCUGCUCUCUCUCUGAGGUGAUCAGUGGGGAGGGAUCUCUGAUACUGUGGCCGCAAGGCAUCACUCAGCUCAUUACUUUGCUGGGAGAAAUUGUCACAAAUAAAUAAGUUGCUUGGUGAGGUAUUGAUUGGUUUCAAAAUAAAUGUCUAUCUUAUUCCUGAUAAUUGAAGCUAUGUCUGUCCUGAGUUCAACUGAGUGCAUUCCAAUGUGUGCAUAAAAAAAAUUCUAAAUUCGAUAUACUACUGUGACUGCCUAUAAGUGACAUUGGAACAAAUCAAUUACCAUGCUGUCAUAUUAAUUAUAAUAAUGGGUUUACUAAAUAGGCCUAUACAGUCCUGCCUGGCCACUUUAGGCCUGAGCCAGAGGUCAACAGUUUGACAUAAAAACACAGUGAAUAACCAAACCUAACCUCUGCUACCCUCAACCGAGUGUAAAUCAUCAGUGUCCGUAUACUACACUAGUAAGAAAAUAGAAAUUGGACCAUGGAGGAAUAGGCUAGUCCCAUAGAGGUCCCAUAGAAGUGCUUAGUGCUGCCUGUGUGUAAACCUGGUUGGUCUCUUCUCCCCCAUGUCCCUCCCACUGCUAGACACCUGCCUCCGCUGGGUAUUCCCCUUGAUGAUCUCAUUAUCUGUUGGCCCAUAUAAAAAACAUGGAGAAGAAGUCUGUGGUAACCAAUAAUAGGGAGACAGAGGGCUUUACAUCUUCUGGUUUAAUUUGUGCUGACCUCCCUGGCCCCUCAACGGUACUUGUUUUCUUACUUUAUGGAAAAAUCAAUAGCCGUUCUGACAGAAAACAGCUCGGGAGAAGAAAUAAAUGGGAACACUGUGGCACGCUGUCAAUCAUUUCUCACUUACACAACAGCAGGUUGCUGAUUGCUGCUCAGUAGACUGCCGCUCUGUACUGAGGACUAAACAAUCUAUGGGUUAGGUCCUGCUGGAGUCCAAGGAAAUGGGAAAAUGGUAGCAAGUGAUGAGGGGUUGACAGUGGUACAACAGCCAUAUUUAGACACCAGGAAAAGCUAUGAGCCAUCCAUCUGAUGUUUUAGACUUCAGUUACUUCUUUAAAUGUAUUUUAACCCUUUUAGGUUGAAUGGUCUCUCUCUGUUCGUGGUCUCUGUUCGUUCCAUUAACCUCUUCAUAUUCUGUGUUUGAUCUCUUAAACGUCCCUUGCCUCAAGGUCACAACUCAUGCAGUAUGUGCACAGACCAGAGCCUGCCUUUAGCCACCCAAGUGCAUGGAAGCAGAUGUUGGCAACUCCAGCUGGGCUCCACAUCCUUGAUUAGAGCAGCGUUGGCCUGCUGGCAGGAUGGCCACCUGGCGCCCAGUCUGGCCCAGAGAGCAGGCCUCACCUGUGGGUGGAGGCAAACAGGGACACGGCCUCUGUCUACAGCUGUGGUGGUGGUACUGUUGGUGGUGUGUUCAACAUGGACAACCUUUCCACCGGAAAACACAAGCCAUUAUCCGUGCAUUUGUCACGCUCCACUCCGUCACAUUCUAAUUUGGAAUUUUUGAAAACUCUACGAGGAGUUUUGGUUUAGAGCUGUAUUCCAUUUGCUGAAGUUCAUUUUCAUAAAUCUCUGAGACUAAUCCAAUUACAGGAGCUCAGGGAGGGUGGGAUAACCUUAUAUUCAAGACGCCCAUGGAAGAGGUUGGGCUGGGGCGGCUUGUUUGAAGAGCCAACAGAGUCAUUGUUAUCAGCGCUUUGCCCCCCUCUGUCUCUGUCUCCUCUUUAUUCCUCUGCUGAAUGAGCCCAUGCUCAAUAAAUUGCGGCCGACCCGUCAUCUCUGAGCAAACUGGUCUGCCUCUCCCAGGAGCCAGGGAUUAUAUCCUAAUGAUUAGUCCUAAUCUGGAUACUGUGUUUUUGCUUCACCUCACCGGCUUGUCUGCAGACAAUGGGCCCGUGUGGGGAGCUGAUUAGUUAAACCAGAAAUGACAGAGGUUUGUCAGAAGGGAGCUUUUAUUCCACACUGGAAUGCAGUUGUCGUGUCUUAGAACAUGUAACUGUCCUUGUCUUAAUUGAGUGCCACCAUGGUUGAAGGGAACGUCAGUGUGAAGGCUUAUUUAGUGAUAUGGUGCCUGAUGCAAUGUAUGUGGUGAUAUUUCUCUGGGAAGAAGAAAUGGAAGGCGUGUGUUUUGAUUGCUUGGCAACUCAAACUCCUUGCUCUGGCCAAACGCUACGCCACACCCACAGACGUUAGUUUCUUCUCCGCAAUGAGUCUGGAUCAGAGUACCUCUCCAACGAUUUCUACAACGAAAACACAUUCUAACCAUUCUGAUUAGUCCCAUAAACCGAUGGGUUAGGCCAGAGCCAGAACACACGUGGGUAAAGCGGCAUUUAGAAAUUGGCUUUGAUACUUUAAUAUGAUCCAAUCGCUGAUGUCUUUGUUUUGUAGAACACCCCUUAUUUUGACGUCACCACAAAUGACUUCAAUGAUGGCAGUCUCAGACUGAGCAGCAAAAAAAAUCAGUUUGAGUCGUCAGGCAAGUGUUUUGAUGAGCUUUACCUGUAAUUGAUACUAACACAGAAAUUAUCUUUGUUCUCGCAAGUGCAUUUGAAACAGGCUAAGUUUGACUAAAAGGUUUGUCAACUUUUCCUGACAAAGGUCAUGGGAGGAGAUGAAAGAGAGAGGUGUUUCUACUGGUCCCAAGAAAAAUGGCGGCCUUAAUUAUUCAUGGCAUUAAUUAGGCAGUACUUAAUGGAAACGGUUUCACAUUGGCUCAGGGCUGCUCCCAGCGACAUCACAUUACACCUUUUAAUACGGAUAAAUAGUUAAUGUGUGGCUCUAAUUAAUUGUUUAUACCUGUGAUCUUUUUCAAACUUUGCACCAAAUCCCCCUAUAGGAAGCAAACACAUUUUUCAACUCAGAAAUGGAAGAAACUGUUGUACCGCUGCCAUCUGUGAGCAAUAACUUAUUUUUGAUAAGGGGGCAUAUUUCUAAACGUUCCUCUAUUAUAGAGAAAGAGUAUUGGGAACUAUUAUACCUGUGUAACCUGUGUAAAUAUUAUCCUUAAGAUCAGUAUAUCUACAGUAUAUGAGAGAGAGAGAGAGGAGAGAGAGAGAGAAGAGAGAGAGAGAGAGAGAGAGAGAGAGAGAGAGCGAGAGAGAGAUAUGAGAGAGAGCGAGUAGAUAGAGAGAGUAAGAUCUCUCUCGCUACGCUUGCUAUCCGCGCUUUCCUCUCUCAGCAUGCUGAUUCUCAGGACUCUACUCUAGGCUGGCGUCUCUACUCUAGUUGAGAGACAAUUGGCCACCUCGCUCACCGUAUCCAGCAGAGAAAAGUGAAAGAUGUAGAACAUGAGAAGAGACUUAUUUUUUUUGUAAUUCAACCUGUAACUAUUUAACCGGUAAGCCAGUUGUUAAAGUUCUCACUAUUAACAAAGCCUGCGACCUGCCAAGAUAAAGCAAGCAGUGCGAUAAAAACCAAAACAACAACAAGAGUUACAUAUGGGGUAAAACAAAACAUAAAGUCAAAAAUACACAACAGAAAAAUAUAUAUGCAGUGUGUGCAAAUGUAGCAAGUUAUGGAGGUAAGGCAAUACAUAGGCUAUAGUGCAAAAUAAUUACAAUUAGUAUUAACACUGGAAUGAUAGAUGUGCAAGAGAUGAUGUGCAAAUAGAGAUACUGGGGUACAAAUGAGCAAAAUAAAUAACAAUAUAGGGAUGAGGUAGUUUGGGCGGCUAAUUCAGAUGGCAGUGCAGAUCGUAAGGUCUCUGACAGUUCUCCAGCUAUCAGGAUUUGCAUUUGUUCAGAGAGGGUCUUAGAGACGAGAGAGACAACUGAAAGGGCUAUAGAGACAGAGAGAGAGACAACUGAAAGGGCUAUAGAGACAGAGAGAGAGGGAAUGAAAGGUUAUAGAGACAGAGAGAGAGACGAUAACUGAAAGGAUAUUAGAAGGACAGAGGAGAGAGAUAAUGAAAAAGGGUACCGAAGCAGAGAGAUAACUGAAAGGGCUAUAGGAUGAGUAGCAAUCGUCCUGAAAGGGCUGUUAGGCUUUAUUAUAGGGGCUGCUGCCUCUAGCCAGGAGGAUGCAUGGCGAGGAGAUAUGCCCUCUACUGCUGUUGAACAGAAAGCACUGCUCCAGAUGCUCAGCCGUGUGUCCAGAGGUGGAGGACAGCUGAGUAGAGGCCUGGGGAACCAGUGUCUGGGGAGGAGGGUGGGGAGGGAGGGAUGAUCCAGGAGUUCUUGGCUAUGCCAGACGUCUUCCACAUUCCCUGGAGAGGCCUGGUCCCUCUCACAUCUGCUUCUUGGGUGUGUGAGGGGAGAUGGUGCUGGACCAUCUGGCAGCAGCCUAGUCUGAGCCCGCUGUCACCGCCACUCCUGUGCAAUAUGGCAAAGAACCAUAUCAGCGUGUAUCUGACCCCACCAAUCUCUCUCCCUCGUCACCAAGGUCAACGCUGAUCACCACAAAGCAAAAUGCAACGCAAACAAGACCCUCCGACUUCCUCUGACCCAAUGGACAAAUGGCCUCAAAGGACUGAGCUUGGACGUUUGUGUUACAGUUGCUACUUGGCAUGCUGUGAGAGAAUUUAAGACAAAAUCUGUGACCAUCCCAUGGCAGUUUGAAUGUAACAAUCUAAAAAAAAGUGAUACACAACAAAAAACAAAUUAUGUAAUUUUAGCACAGUACAGACAUAUUCAUUCUUAAAAUUCACCCUUUGGCAAACAGAACACAGUUCUAAAAUGUACUCCUUUAAUGUCCACUUCAUUAAGGCAAUAUUUUGUUUAAUAUUAUUUUGUGUAAAACAAAUAGUCCAUGAAGCCCAUAGUCCUGACUCCUGUGUGACCUUGGCGGCUCUAUUUAGCUCCCAGCCCUAGGUGGCAGAGGUGUGACAGAGGCCGAGAGACCCAGGGUGGGGUAGGGGCCGGGGCAGAGGCUGGUGGAGGGGUGACACGGGGACGCCUGAGGGCAUGGAGAGGGCCAGCCAGGGAGCAGCCUGGGCUGGACCAGCCUUCACAGCAGAUGCUGGCCAGUUGUUGUGUGGAGGCACGUCCGCGGGUCCUGCUCACAGACUGAGGAGAAGGCCGGGGAAUCUUCCGCGCUCCUGUCAUACUCCAGAAUGCAGCACAGAUUAGAUUGGAGCUGACAGCGGAGGAUAUUCAAUUAGAUUGUGCAUGUCACUCAGUGGCUUCGACCAGAGUCCUUCCCCAUGCCUUUGUGUUGGGGAUGGCAACCAGUGGGGAGAGCGCCCCUGUUUUUGUGUCAUUUUAUAUUUAUGUUGACCUCUAGCUCGGGACUGAUUCAUUAUUUUGUUAUUGAAUGUUAACAUUUUUGGAGCAGGCUUGCAAGUUUUUGUUUCACAUUGUUCCGUUUUCAAAUGCACAACCUUCUUUGACCCUAAAACCCACCAAUUUAAAAAAAAAAGAUCCAUCACAACAGAUAUCUUUAUUUUUCUUGUUACACAUCAGUAUUAUCACUACAAAAAUACUGCUUUCUAUGUUCAACAUGAAAUGCAUACUGACAAUUAUAUUAUUCUUCCUCUGUUUGCAGUGAAACUAGCAGUAUAUGCAGCAGUGAUCCUGGCCUCUUCACUAACGAUGAGGGAAGACAAGGUAUUCAUGUUGAGCAUAAUAUUUAUUACUCACUAGCUAGUUUUCCAUCCAGUUGGCGACAGAUUUUCAUGCAGAUAUUCUAGAAUUUGCAUAAAGAAAAUGUGUGCAUUUUCACACCAGUGGUGUGUUUACAAUAAAUUGACUGAUUUUGGGAAAAAAAUUAGUUUGUAAUAACAUAGGUCACACAAAAUCUACUUUGUCUGAGACCAGCCACCUGGACAGCUGAUGAAACUGAAGAAUAUCUGCAUAAACAUUCAGAAACCGUCCCAGGGAAGCUCAUCUGCGUGCUCGUCGUCCUCACCAGGGUCUUGACCUGACUGCAUUUUGGCGUUGUAACCGACCAGUGGGAAAAUACUCACCUUCGAUGGCCACUGGCACACUGGAGAAGUGUGUUCUUCACGGAUGAAUCCCGGUUCCAACUGUACCGGGCAGAUGUGUUGUGUGGGUGAGCAAUUUGCUGAUGUCAACAUUGUGAACAGAGUGCCCCGUAGUGGUGGUGGGGUUAUGGUAUGGGCAGGCAUAAGCUACGGCCAACGAACACAAUUGCGUUUUAUCGAUGUCAAUUUGGAUGCACAGAGAUACCGUGACGAGAUCCUGAGGCCCAUUGUCGUGCCAUUCAUCCGCCGCCAUCACCUCACGUUUCAGCAUGAUAAUGCACGGCCCCAUGUCACAAGGAUCUGUACACAAUUCCUGGAAGCUGAAAAUGUCCCAGUUCUUCCAUGGCCUGCAUACUUACCAUUUUUGGGGUACUCUGGAUCGACGUGUUCGACAGUGUGUUCCAGGUCCCGCCAAUAUCCAGCAACUUCACACAGCCAUUGAAGAGGAGUGGGACAACAUUCCACAGGCCACAAUCAACAGCCUGAUCAACUCUAUGAGAAGGUGAAGUGUUGCGCUGCAUAAGGCAAAUGGUGGUCACACCAGAUACUGACUGAUUUUCUGAUCCACGCCCCUACUUCUUUUUAAGGUACACUACCGUUAAAAAGUUUGGGGUCACUUAGUUUUCGAAAUAAAAAAAUGUGUCCAUUAAAAUAACAUCAAAUUGAUCAGAAAUACAGUGUAGACUGCUAAUGUUGUAAAUGGCUAUUGUAGCUGGAAACGGCUGAUUUUUAAUGGAAUAUCUACAUAGGCAUACAGAGGCCCAUUAUCAGCAACCAUAAAUUCUGUGUUCCAAUGGCACGUUGUGUUUGCUAAGCCAAGUUUAUCAUUUUAAAAGGCUAAUUGAUAAUUAGAAAACCCUUUUGCAAUUAUGUUAGCACAGCUGAAAACUGUUGUGCUGAUUAAAGAAGCAAUAAAACUGGCCUUCCUGAGACUAGUUGAGUAUCUGGAGCAUCAGCAAUUGUGCGUUCGAUUACAGGCUCAAAAUGGCCAGAAACAAAUAACUUUCUUCUGAAACUCGUCAGUCUAUUCUUGUUCUGAGAAAUGAAGGCUAUUCCAUGCAAGAAAUUGCCAAUAAAUUGAAGAUCUCAUACAAUGCUGUGUACUACUCCCUUCACAGAACAGCGCAAACUGUCUCUAACCAGAAUAGAAAGAGGAGUGGGAGGCCCCGGUGCACAACUGAGCAAGAGGACAAAUACAUUAGUGUCUAGUUUGUGAAACAGGCGCCUCACAGGUCCUCAACUGGCAGCUUCAUUAAAUAGUACCCGCAAAACACCAGCCUCAAAGUCAACAGUGAAGAGGCGACUCCGGGAUGCUGACCUUCUAGGCAGAGUUGCAAAGAAAAAGCCAUAUCUCAGACUGGUCAAUAAAAAGAAAAGAUUAAGAUGGGCAGUCUGAGAUAUGGCUUUUUCUUUGCAACUCUGCUUAGAAGGUCAGCAUCCCGGAGUCGCCUCUUCACUGUUGACUUUGAGGCUGGUGUUUUGCGGGUACUAUUUAAUAUAUGUGACCAACAGAUGCAUAUCUGUAUUCCCAGUCGUGAAAUCCAUAGAUUAGAGCCUAAUGAAUUUAUUUCAAUUGACUGAUUUCCUUAUAUAACUCAGUAAAAUCUUUGAAAUUGUUGCAUGUUGCGUUUAUAUUUUUGUUCAGUGUAUAUCCAUAUUUGUGCAUAAAUGCGUUUCCACCGCCAUUUCCCGCAUAAUUAAUUUUACAGACACAAAAAGAUCCCACCAUGUCGAAUUAACAAAUUAUCUGUCAGCAUUUAUAAAAUUACACCAAAACUUCCUGUUUCCAUAACAGCUGUCGUGAUUUUAUUUCAUACGAUAUGACUACUCGCAUACAAACUGUGGAUGAAAACGUGGUUUAUGUGUCAUUUACAUAAUAUGUAUGUGCAAAUUAAAUAAGAUGGCAAAGGUCGUAAUGGUGCGAAAUGAAAACAAAAAGCAUGUAAUAAGCCUUUUAAUUCUAGCAUUACCAGAAUGUUCCAAGGAUGGAGCUAUGCCUGUGCUCUUUGUAAGUGUAACAGAAUGCUGGGACUAGACAGAAAGAGGUUCUGAUACAAUGGGCUGGUUGCCGGGCACCCAGGCGGCUCUAAUAAGUCGUUGUCAUGUCGUGUUAAUGAGCGCUGAAGCCUCUGCUAAUCUCAUUAGCCGUGGUGGGGCGAGGCAGCCCCUGAUUUAACAGUUGUCACUACACCUUGACUGUGAGAGGCAUGGCCCCUGCAUGCGCCCCGCUGACUGACAGGUCUGUGGAGAGAGCAGUGUCUGGGGAUCAGGGUGGUCUGCUGUGUAGUGGUGGGGGAGAGGCUGUCAACAAAUAGAGAGAGGAUUGAUGCAGGCCAAGUAGGAAAGAUGCCCUCAUGCAGUCAGUACUUCAUUCAAUGGUUAAUUGUACAGCACUAAAUUAUAAAUUGGUGCAGCCCAUCCGUGAAAAUACUUUUUUAUAUCAUUGUUUAAAUGUCAUGCAGAAUCCUAUUGAAUGGUUAUGGAAUUACCCAAUGUAUACAUUGUGACUAACAGUGUUGAAUUUCCUGUCUGUGCUGUAGGUGAUGAUGAGCAGAGUGACUGGUUCUUUGAGGGGGAGUGUGGAGCAGGGGGGAUGGGCAUUCCCAGCCUGCUGCCCAGCUGGGACCCAGAUACUCCUCCUGUCCUGGAAGUACCAGACUCAGCUCCACCCACCUUCCUACAGCCUGCACGGCCCACUCAGAGAGGUGAUGAGCUAAUCAAAAUACUAUACGUUUACAUUGUAAACAGAAACAACAGAAAUAUCACUCUCUCCAUGUUCUCCAGUUCUGAUUGGGUAACUGGGUAACGGUUUGGUUUGGUGUUGCAGGGUACCAUGCUCGUCUGAACCGGUUGCCUGGCGUGGCUGCCCGCUGCAUCAGGAAAGGCCGGAGGAGGCUGCCCAGCAAGGUGAGGGCAGAGUGGCACACUAGCAACACAUUCCUUGACCACAUUAAUGUAUACCAGGCUUUUAAUGCAUGUAUUUAACAAGUUAUGUGAUAUGUUCUAUAAUACCACAUGUUAUGUGUUGCAGGACAACAGUAUGUCAGUGUCUAUGGAGAGAAUGAAGCAUUUCUCUCAGGACCCCUAUCAAUGGCUGCCUUCCAUUGGAAAAAGAGACCGGAGCCAGGUAUAUUUGUGUUGAAUUAUUGAAUAAGACAUUUCAGCUCUCUAGCCUUAUUUUUGAUGGGUCUGGGUGAACUCCUAACACCUUCUAAAUGUGUUCCAGUUCAACCCUCUGUGUCCGUUACCUGUUUAUCCCAUUGACAUGGUGCCAGACAGCUCCCAUCGGAGAUGCUCCUCUUCCAUCUGCAAAACCAGGUAGGUGCUGCACACAGCACUCAUUAUUGUUGGCAUGGUUAAACUCAGCCUCUCCUGGGCAUUUUGGAGACAUUGAGCCCAUUCCCUUCUGAAGCUCAAUAUAUUGACAGACAUCGUUAACUCUCUUAAAUGAACCAGUCGCUAAACACAGGUUGUGUUUUAACCAAUGCAUGCUACAUCAAAGUUUGUACCUCAGAGACGUGUUCGAUAUGUGCGUGGGUGAGAACAUUGACCAACUCCUCAGAGACAGGAGCUCAAAGUGUGACAUUGUGACCUCUAGACUCGGGUGUUCAUGUAGGGACAUCAAGCAGCUGGGCUAACAUGUUAAAGUUGUGCUUUGGUGCUAUUGGCGUGGGCUUUCAUGGUCUUUAGAGGACAGAGAUGAGGACAUGGUUAAGGCUGUAGAAACACUUCUCUGACUUGUGUGAUAUUAGCCACGUCCCCAUCACAGCCUCCUGUGAGACUAGCUAGCACAGUCAGGUACAGUAUAUGGGGCAAGCUUGACCCCUGGUCUAUACAACAGACAACUCUUCACUGGGAUAUAAGACUCUGCUGAAUAAUAACUGAUGUAUUUUUCAAGGUUGUCUUUCUCAAACAUAGAAUAUAUUAAUGUAGAAUCUUUGGUUUCCAGUGUUUCUGAAAAUGCAAAAAAAUAUAAAUAAAUGCAGAAGUUUAUCUGAAGAGUUUUUCUCAAAGCCUCUAGCUCCAAGUCAGCCCCUGUACUGUUGGAUCUGCAUGGGGAUUGUUGAGGACCUGAACAUCCCUCAGUCUGAGACUCUUCCUUGCAUUGUUUCCAGUUCCACAGUGCCUAUUUACAGAGCAUUUUUAAUGUUUCAAGCUCACUCUCUCUCACUCUCUCUCUCUCUCUCUCUCUCUCUCUCUCUCUCUCUCUCUCUCUCUCUCUCUCUCCUGGGCUAGUUCAGAAAGCCCUCCACCAUUUCUUGAUGAGGGGCAAAAACACGACUGCUAUGAAAAGGCUAAACUUCUUAGAGAUUUAUUUUCUUAACUGGCCCUUUCUUCUCCACCUGAAAGGUUCCUUCAGAUUCCAGUUUGAGGCAUUGUGAAUACUAAUUUCUAUCUAUUAAAAAGCCCUCAUAUUCCUGCCAUGCUCUCAUUUGAAUGCCGUCUCAGGGGAAGCCUCUUAAUUCCUUUAUAGAGGGAUUCAAGACCCUUCACUUCAAAAAGUAUAAAUCAUACUCCCAAAUGAAUGAGGGAGAGAGGGGGAUUGACGAGUGGUGCUUCAGAUGUGUCCCGUCGGACGGCACAAGCCUGAAUCCAUCUCCCCAAGCUGCUCAAAUCCAUCCUCUAGUGACUGUCCACACUUACCCUGGACAGUCACUGGAGGUCACCCCCCUCCACAGUCACACCCCUAAGCAAGUCACCCAACCCAUACAGUGCCUUCAGAAAGUAUUCACACCCCUUGACUUUUUUUUACAUUUUGUUGUGUUUCAAAGUGGGAUUAAAAUGUAUUUAAUUGUAAUUUUUGGUCAACGAUCUACACAAAAUACUCUGUCAAAGUGGAAGAAAAAUACUAACAUUUAUUACAAAUGAAUGAAAAAUAAAACACUAAUAUCUUGAUUAAAUAAGCGUUCACCUCUCUGAGACAAUACAUGUUAGAAUCACCUUUGGCAGCGAUGACAGUUGUGAGUCUUUUUGGGUAAGUCUCUAAGAGAUUUGCCCACUUGGGUUGUACAAUAUUUGCCCAUUAUUCUUUUAAAAAUUCUUCAAGCUCUGUCAAGUUGGUUGUUGAUCAUUGCUAGAAAGCCAUUUUCAAGUCUUGUCAUAGAUUUUCAAGACGAUUUAAGUCAAAACGGUAAAUAGGCCACUCAGGAACAUUCACUGUCAUCUUGGCAAGCAACUCCAGUGUAGAUUUGCCCUUGUGUUUUAGGUCAUUGUCCUGCUGAAAGGUGAAUUCGUCGCCCAGUGUCUGUUGGAAAGAAGACUGAACCAGGUUUUCCUCUAGGAUUUUGCCUGUGCUUAGCUGUAUUCUGUUUAAUUUUAUCCUAAAAAAAUCUCCCCAGUGAUGUAUUGUGUUGGAUUUGCCCCAAACAUAAUGCUUUGUAUUCAGGACAAAAAGUUAAUUUAUUUGCCCAUUUUUUUGUUGUAUUAUGGAGUAACUACAAUGUUGUUGAUCCAUCUUCCGUUUUCUCAUAUCAUAUCACAACCAUUAAACUCUUUAACUGUUUUAAAAUCACUAUUGGCCUCAUGGUGAAAUACCUGCGCAAUUUCCUUAGGAAAGACAGCUAUAUCUUUGUAGUGACUGGGUGCAUUAAUACACCAGCCAAAGCCUAAUUAAUAACUUCACCAUGAUCAAAUGGAUAUUCAGUGUCUGCUUUUUUUAUUUAUUUUUAUCGGUGCCCUUCUUUAUGAGGCAUUGUCUUUGUGGUUGAGUCUGUGCUUCAAAUUCACUUCUCAAUUGAGGGACCUUUAGAUAAUUGUAUGUGUGGGGUACAGAGAUGGGGUAGUCAUUCAACAAUCAUGGUAACCACUGUUAUUGAACUCAGAAUGAGUCCAUGCAUCUAAUUAUGUGAUUUGUUAUGCACAUUUUUACUCCUGAACUUAUUUAGGCUUGCCAUAACAAAGGGUUUGAAUACUUAUUGACUGAAGACAUUUCAGCUUUUCAUUUUUUAUUAAUUUGAAAAAUGUUCUACAAACAACAUUCCACUUUGACAUUGUGGGGUAUUGUGUGUAGAUCAGUGACACAAAAUCAAAAUGUAAUCCAUUUUAAAUUCAGUCUGUAAAACAUCAAAAUGUGGAAGAAGUAAAGGGGUGUGAAUACUUUCUGAAGGCACUGUACAUGACACACGCUUACUAGUGUAUGUGAUAAUGCACGCACGCACGCAAACACACAAAUGCACUCACUUAGAUACAUACACAAAUGCACUCACUUAGAUACAUAUCAUCAAUAUUCUUAUAUAGAGCAUCAGCAUGGUACUGACAGGGUGGGGAUAAUCGUGCUGUCUCUCUCUAACACAGAGCAUCGACAGUCAGAAACUGUAUUAAAUAACACCUUGCUCAUCGCAAAGUUUACACUUAGCAUAAUUGGCUUCACUAUAUUUUCAUUUAUUUUGAGGAACUUAUUCAAAUGAUCAGUCCUUAUGACUGAGCUCUCAUGUAUCUAUUUCUUUUUUAAAUUUCAAAAUACCCUUGAAAGAAAAGUGUUUUGGUCAGUAAGGAAAGUAUAAACAUUAAUCUUAUAUCUUGCAGAGGUUGAAAUAAUACUGUAUUAAUAAAACCUGUCAUCUCCUGUUUUGGGAGAGUUGAUGGCAACAAUCAGGGAUUUGAUAUGAAGUGCUAAAGGCUAUAUAGAGUUCCAUGUUAUUUGUCCUAGUAUGGCUGUGUGAAUGGGCACAGUGAACAGUGGGAUUUGGCUCUAAGAUUCUGGGAUGGUGGCCAUUUUAAAAUGCAUAACUGCCUCCCACCUGAGCCGGCCACACUCCGGUUAUAUCUAUUGACUUUUUUAUUUCUAAAUGACAUUUGCGGCACAAGAUAAAUCAUAGUCUUACGCCACUCCUCUCCCAGUUUUCAUUUUAAUUGUGAGAUCUCGGUGUCAGCAGUAAGUAUAUUGGUGUGAGUGGCCUAUUGAUUAUUGAUUUGGGGCUAUUGAUCGGCUUCCCAGGAGACCUUAAUCCUUUCUGAUUCAUUUGAAUACCUCUAUUCAUCUUGAGAUCCUGCUCACACCUGAAGCACUGUGUACCCUAAUGAAAAUAGAUGGCCAUUUUGUUACUGCUGCUUCUCAUCUUUUGAGGUAUUAUUUUUAAUUGAUAUAUCUGCUUUUGGUUGUGGGCACCUGAAUUACAAUUGACCCUGUGUCACUGUUGUUUUAUUCCAUAUCUAAGGGACCACGCUGCAUUUAGGAGUGUCUUUUUCGUUGUAUGACCCAUAUGACGUGUAAAAUGUAUCGCUCAGACAUUUUCUUGAACGUCUUCGAUGUGUCUUUGCGAGAAUUUAGUUCUUGUUUGUCUUCUUUAUUGGAUAUUGGGUUAUUUUUCCAUUGCUCGAUACAGCUCUGCUAUUCUUAGUUGGUGAUACAUUUACAAUCCCUAAUUCAAUGACUUUCCCUUCUUUCUGUGGGACUCUUCUAGUUUACCGUUAUAUUACAUUGACAUGUUAAAUGUUCCCAUGUGCAAGUAAACAACUUUUCACCUUUUCACCAGCUACUCAUUUUGUAAUGUUGCCAUAUAAAUCUUGCAGGAAGAUCACUCACAUGUAUUGUGUCUUUUAUCUGUCAAACUGCUUCUCUUAAAAACAUCUUAAGGCCACUCUAUUGCAAACCAAUUUCCAAAAUAGAUUUUUAUUACACCUUUUGAGUAAAGUUGUAGCUGUGUUAUCCCGCAGCGAGCUACUCAAACAGCUACAAACGAUGCAUGACAAGCCUGUUACCAGAGGCCUUUUGGUUCCAUUUUUUAAAUGAGUUGUCCCGUUUAGCCUUCCCUAAUGAGCCAGCUGAUGGUAUUCUAAUGUUUUAUUAGCAUGUGACUGAGUGUCUCUGUGGGCUCCAUGUGGCCCCUGAGUGUUCCCUGCUCCUCAGCCUGGAGCCUGGACCUUGGAGGGGAGGGGCCAGACAGCCUUUCCUCCACAUGAUCUCUUCCUCCAGGCUGCAGCCUGGGCCCCAGAGCGUCUGCCCGAUCAGGGCUCUGUGUAAUGAGGGGAGAGAUGGAAGGAUGGACUUCCAUGCAUAAAGACCAAAUGCAUCAGGGUAUUACUUUUAAUACCGCGGGUGUGCCUCAUGAAAUAAUGCGACGUUUAAGCACGGAUCGAUUUUGGAAUUAAAAAGUUAGUUUGCAAAGAUUUACUGCGGGGAGUUCAAUGUCUGAGCUCUUUAUCAGGGGCGCAAAUGGCUGGUUAUGUGCUGUCCGACAGAGGUACGAUUGAGGGAUCGAUAGGCUCGUGAUUUACUAACUGGAGUACAGGUAAUCAAUAAGUAUAAAAGUAAAUGAAAUAUGCAUUACUGGGAUUUUAUUAGAGAGGGGUAGCAGGAAGACAGAAUAACAUUCAAGCCAUUUAUUUUUAUACCUAUUGAUUAAACAACAUAGAGACUUGGCUCAAAGCGUUCCACACACAGCUCUCUGCACCCUCUCCUGCAGUGCCGUCAUGUGAUUAAUGGGUGUUGAGGUCAUGGAUGGAACACGCAGGCUGUUAAAAGGCUGCCGUGACAGGACCCUAUCCUAUCUUAGCACACGUUUGGCCAGGGAGGUUUAUGUAGCUGGCCUCUCAGGAUGAGACACCACGGUUAACAGGGGUCUGCUGUAUUAUGGUCCUCCUUUGUUGUUUUGCACUGCAGAGAUGUAUUAUUUUUACAGAUGUAUUUUUACAGGUGCUUUCAACCAAUAAACACUGUUGUUGUCAAAGUGGAUAUAGUGUUGUGAAACUAAAUGUGAGAUGAUCCAACAUUUCUUGGGCGAUAUCAUGCACUUGCGCUAUACGAGCGCAAGCACGCAGGCACACACACACACACACACACACACACACACACACACACACACACACUGAGUCAACUCAUCACAUCGCCUGCUCUUGGUAACGUCAGUCCCUCCCCCCCAGCCAUGGCGGGGACCUUGACCUUAACUUUACAUCCCAGUAAUCAGGGCUAGGAGGGGCUGUGGGGGGCCCUCCCAGUUUGGGGGCUCCUGACAUAUGACACAGGAGGUCCACAGCAGGGGUAAUUUGUUUACCUGAACCCGGCAGCGACAGAGACGCACAACCCCUACACCUCCUUCUUCCUCCGCUGAUAUUUCUGUUAACGUUUCAACAAAACGAAAUGGUAAAGAAAAACGGUUUGUAGUAUUUUUGUGGUAACGCCAGGGUAGUGGGUUCGAUCCCCGGGACCACCCAUACGUAAAAAUGCAUGCACACAUGACUGUAAGUCGCUUUGGAUAAAAGCAUCUGCUAAAUGGCAUAUUAUAUAUUAUAUUAUAUUAUUUUUAACUCCUUUUGGUUGGAUAUUCCCUUGCAGCAGUGUUCUAGACACUUCUAACUGCUCAUGGAAAAGGCAUAGCAGAAACACUCAUAUUUCUCUUUUACACUUAAACAGAAAAGAAAAAUGUAUAAUGAUUGAAACAACCAAAGUAUUCUUUUUUAUUUUGUUCUCACAUUUCAGGAAACAGAUCCAUAGAAAGGGGAAAAGGAUGGUGUUUGAAUUCUGUUGUCUGAGACGUAUUAAUGUUACAGCUCUGUCUCUGUGUCUCUGACCUAGGCAGACUAACGUCCAUCUGGGACUGCUGUGCACAGGAGACAUCAAGAGGAGGAGGAAGACCACUGCUGUCUCUGUCACAACAACAUCAGGUACCUGUCGCCAUGACUACUGCACCUUUGACCUGUUUUAACAUUCACCUAACCUCUCAUUGGGACGCUUACUUUAUUACACAUCCUGCUGACAAUACAGUAACUAAUCCCCAAGACCACUUUCAGGUUAAACAGAGUAUAUGUCCUUUUUAAAACAACAGACCAAAACAUUGUGCUACCGGUGCUGCCCAAACAAAAAUGUAUAAUGCUUGUCACAUUUAUAUUUAAAAUUAAUUUUUAGAAUAACUUUAAAAAACGUUUACUUUAGAUUAUACUUUAUAACCAACAAUAUAGGAUACAUGUGAAUCACAUCCAUUAAUAUAGGAAUAUAGGAUACAUGUGAAUUCUUGAGUUUCUUACAAAUAGUGUCUCCAGUAUUUGUGAGAGAGCAACAUAUUUACUGUUUAUUAGCUGAGGAAGAGUUCAGUCUUGACUAGUGUGUGUUGUUUUAUUGGUAGAGCAGGGCUCUGUGGGCCUCCUGUCUGUCCUCCCAUGUGGAAGUGGUCUGACUGAGUCUGAGGGAAGCGUGAUUGGAAGCAGACCGUAUUGGAGGUGGCACCCUGCAGCAGCCCCCUCGUCCGUUUGGGCUCAUAGAGCUGCCUUUUUUCAUUAGACUGAUGGCUCCGGGCCUGGCGUCUUUGCCGGAUUUAAAUUUGAAUUGGUUUGUCCACCUCUUCUCCAAAGUCCCCUCUUUCUGCUCCGCUCCUGCAGCCGCUGUUUGUCAUUUAAAUAACAAAUGCCGGUGGUUCCCUGAUUUAGUGAGGGGCGCUGGCCUCUGAUGUAUAUUGAUAUUGCCGCACAGUGCACUGUACCGGGGUCCAUUAUUCAUUUGGAUAAAAGAGGUGGAAUUUAAAACCAGCCAAUGCUUUACUGGUAUACAGAUUGCAUCCAUUUAUUGCACUGAGUGAUGGAACGGCCAGCGACUCCGUCCUUCACCUCUCCGGCGCUCAGCCACUUCCCAUAAAACUAAAAAAAGAUUCACCUCUGGCCCUUAAAGACCCCUCAUAUUCACCAUGUUAUUCACCAUGCAGAGGCAGGGAUGGGGGAUCCCUCAACAUCCCCCCCAGGAGAGAUAUUCAGUUACCAUCACAUCCAGCUGCUGGAACUGAAGCACAGGGUUUAUGUUCAACUGAAGAAAAUAUUGUAAACAUAAAAGCUAAAUAAAAUCACCAAAGGAUACAUUUCACACUCAAUAUAAAGAAGUAGACUAGGUGCAAACAGGCAACUCGAUGAGGAAUGAAAAACAGAUUGCUCAUUCUCAAUAAAUAAUAAAUAUUAUUAAGAAGGAGAUUUUUUAAAACUCUUAAUAGGCCUAACUAAAUUUAUUAACAUAUUCACAACCCUUUUGAAGUGAAAUGCUUAAGUUUACAGUGUUUUCCUCCUCUCCCCAUGUCCCUGUACUGAGUUGUGUUUUUCCUGGUUCUGGAGUCUGGUGCCCCCUGACCAGAGUGAUUUAUCAUGCAGGGAAUGUCAUCCAAUGGCAGUUUCUUCGGCUCCUACUGCUGUGUAUAAAUCUUUACUUUGGCGCCCUGCUACAGUAUUCCAUGCCUCUACUUGGUCAUAUCACAGAAGCUAGGAGAUACACAUCGGCUCCUAAAUGCAUUUGCAGUUUAUUUGUAGAAAUAGUAAUAGGCAUUCUCAUUAUAGUUGGAAUGACCUAUUCUUCAUACCCCUUUAUUUUCUUGCAUAGUUUGUCAUUGAAAUACGUUUUUUUCCUUUGUUGAAUUGAAUUUGCAAGGGAAUUUCUGAAAGGUAAAGAAUUCCUUUAGACAUACACGUGUAGUUUGUCGGUCUCUUUCCCCCAGUGUAGAAUAGUUUGGGAAGUGACUUUCUUGUAUUGUGGUUGAUUUUAAACUCUGUAAUAAGUAGUGAGAAUGGCCUGUAGCGGGAGGUGUCUCCCAGGAUUCCUGAGGGGAUUGCUGAGACGGGACCCAGCUGUUGCUGUGUCCUCCAUCAUUACACGUUUAGCACUUACCAGCUCGAGUGUUGAAGCUGGCUGUGAAAUAACUUAUCAACCCAGGUAUCUGUUUGUAUAGGACGGCCACUCCACUUCUCAGGCUCAAAUUGGCCAUUCAGUACACUUCUCACUACCAUCAAUUCAACAAUAGAAAAAGACAACAUCCCGCAAUAAAAAACAGACUGGAAAAUGUUAAUACUUGGGGUUUUCAUGUGUGACCGAUGACAUCACCGGGAGAAAUUUGCUUAGUAUCCUUUCUUCUAAUCUUUUUUACUACAGAACGUAGAAACGCGUCAUUUUCACAUUAUGUAGACACUGUCCCUUUAAGUUGCAUACUGUGUUCAGAUCUCAACCUCAAUUCUAUAUUUAACAAAGUGGAUCAUUGAGGGGGAGAUCUAUUGACGUUUUACUACAUAAAGGUUUGAAAAGACAAUUUAAGAAAAGGUUUCAAUGUACACUAUUCCAAGAAAUAGACCUAUGUUGGGCACGUUUCAUUUGGUUAAUCUACAUUUAGAAUAAAAGAGAAUUCAUUGUAUGGCAUUGGCAGGGAUGAAUCAGUAAGUAUAAAGGUCCUGAUGGAUUUUAAUACCCUCUGCUUGUUUCACAUGCCGACUAAUUAAUUAUUCCAAUUUCCCCCCUCCCCCACUCUCUUGCACAAUGCCCUUCAUCUUCAUUUGCAAUAAGGGACGAGGGAUGAUAAUAAGCACUAACUUUUUGAUUUUCGUCAAAGUUUGAUUUUAGGUGAGAGAGUUCGACAAAUAAGUUCAAACAAUUGCAGUGUUUUCUAUCCAUUUUGCAUCUGUGUAAAUGAUUGGUUUACUCAAACCAUUUAUUACAUUAUUUUCCGGCAACCAACAUUUGUGUAUAUCCCCCCCCUUCAACCUUGGCAGCUGCUUGGCAUGUAACGUAGCAACUUUACAUUCUAUCAUGGGACCCAAGUGGAUGCCCAUGGUGGGUCCAGCCCCCAACCUCCCUACCUCCAUGUGUGGCGCCCACCCCCCUGCCUCUCCAUCUCUGUGUGUCUCCUUGGUGGAGCCGGAGCAGGGCUGUUGUGUGACAGAUCACCUGCGUCUGAGACCCUGCGUGUUCCUGCCCGCCGGUCCGGCCCCCUCUCAUUAAUGCCCAGGUUGGUGCGACGGCCGUAUGGCAGCACAAGACAAAUAACGCCACCACUCAGCCAUCACUUCUGCUGACAGAAAUGCAGCCCUGUGCACUAUUUCGCCCUCUCCCGCUUCACUCUGCUCCCCUCAGUUCCCCUGUCGUGCCCUUCAAAAACCCACCUGCCCCUGCCACCACCACUGCUCCACCAAAGUUUCAGGGUAGAGUCGCUAGCUGCUGCGUGGGCGUGAAUAUGCAUGAGUCCACACAGUUUGGUUAAAGGUGUUUUGGUGGGGGGUUUGAUUUUGAUUAUAUUUUUUAAAAUAUCAUAUGAUGAUUGUUUUCUUCAUUGAGCUGCCGUCCUUUACUGGUUCUUCUAUGUUCAGUUCUGCAUUACAGAACCACACUGCAGUAUUACAGAGUAGCUGGUUUGAACAGUCCUACCAGUCAGGUGCUAGUAGUGUUUAAGUGUUCCACCCUCUUCUGAGUGAUUUGAUUUGAAUGUCCUCCUGUGGUCCAGUGAAAUGGAUGGAACCUGGAGUGUGUGGGAGAAAUGCACAAAGGCUAAUGAUUAAAGGCCCAUUCAGUGCUGUUCAUUUAACUGUGAGAAUCAGCAGGCCCAUUACUGUCAAUGUGUAAUUAGCUGAUUAAUAAACAGGGGAGGGAGGGGAGGGGAGGGGAGGGGAUGGCUCCAGGAAGUGCUGUAAUGUUUGUUUUUAAACAGCCUCACAUGAGAGGUUUUUAAGAUGCUAAAAUGGUUCCAUUCACUCCACCCAUUAUUGCACAAAACAAAUGCAUGUAAUUCUCACAUUGACACAAAAUCUUUGCUUUAUAUCAUCUUUAUUGACCACCACAGUAUCCCAGUUGAAUGUGUCAUAUUAGAUGUUGUUAUCUAGGUAACAUAUUUCACAGUGUAUAUUUCAGGGGGACUGAGACAUGUAUUAAUGGAAAGUCACUGAUUUGUUUUUAUUAAUGAAACAAACAACACUGAAAAAAAAUAUUUGUUGAAAUAUCACUCCUGAUAAAAGUUACAGUUAAAUACUAUUGUAUUCUGCUUUAUCAGUGUUUCAGUGGAUACACUGUCAUCUGUUCCCGAGGCAUUAUCAAGUAAGAAAAACCCCUGAAUUUGUAUUCAUAACUUUAACCAUGUUUAACCCGAGAUGUCCAAGUGUUUGGGCUCAACCACAGCAACAGUUAGUCAUCAUUCCCUCCAGGAAUAUUAAUCAAUUACCUAGCCCGCCGGAUCAGUUUGUGGAAGAAGUCAUCUGGAAAGAAGCAGAUAUAAUGGGAAAGAGCAAAAGCACAUGCCAGUGAAUGCUGUAAUGCCUAAUCCUUUGAGACAGCCCAAAGCUACAAUGUCACUUCUAGUUCCUGUGUCCUCUGCUCCUGCACUGCCUCUCAAAAAGUCUGUAUGACUGCCACUAACUUCUGGAGAGACCAACACAGAUUGAUUUGUUAACGGAAAGUAGGAAAGGAGAGCAGAUAUUGUUUUAGAGUUAUUUUUACUUCAGUGUAAAUUGGCCCGGGAAGUGUUUGAGAUAUUUCCCCUCCAACUCUUUGAGUGUAUUGAGAAAGUGGCUAAAAAACUGAGGAGGAUGAAGAUAGUGAGAAGAAGAUGUUUUGAGACAAGGUUUUCAGUAAAAUGGUACUAUAUACUAGUGAUGUAGGUAGAAUAACAGCCACACAAUGUCUCACUGAAUUAGAUCAUAUUCAAAGGGAGAGUUUUAGCCAUAGGAGAAUCAGAUUGCCCUUCUAACAACCGUGGCCACUAGGCAUAUGAGGCCAAAUUGGAUUGAGGUCACUUGACCAUGAUUAUUAUUAUUAUUAUUAUUAUUAAUACUUGGUCUAUUAGGGCAUAUGAUAACUCUAGAUGUAUAGUGAUGAUGCAUUAAUGUAGAUAAAAUGAAGAACCAUCCUUGAGUUAACGUCUUAUUUAUUUGUGUGUCCUUCUACUCUGCAGCAUGUAUCCCCUUCCAUAAAGAUGACCUGGGAGAGGCAGAAGGAUCCAGCAAGGACACCUCCACCUCCUCCACCUCUCUGAGCAUGGAGUCUGCAGGCCCUGGGCCCUCCACGUCUGACAAGCAGGACUUCAUUAAGCCUGGGACUUUAUUUAGACCUAGCCCUCAGAGGGAGGAGGACUGAGGGG